AUGGAUCCGUAUGCUGAGGAGCUGGAGGCUUCCUUAACCCUCCCCGAGACCGUACAUGCGAAUCAGUCUGCCUCAUGGGAUAGUGGUGGCAUCUACCCAGGCCGGUCAACAGAUCCCCAGACUCAUGGCCUCGAAGCCCUCUCCGCCGCGGCUACGACAGACAAAUAUGCCGUGCAACAACACCAGCCUGUACCUGCAAUGGUGACAACAGCGCCAGUAUCGGUUCCCUUGGCCAUUCACACGCCCUUCCCUCAAGCGGAAACUGAACAUACGCUGGGGUCUGUGCCAUCUCCAAACCAAAUCCGGCCAUCUAUGGCACCGCCCGCUUCCCCGUCCCUAUCGAUCGCAUCGAACAACAAUAUAAAUUUUCUCCUUAAUCCGUCUACAUCGGUGUCGCCUCCUAUAGACCCGAAUCUUCACUCACAACAUGGCAGAGGGUCUCCGUUUCGCACUAGGACUAUCAUUCCGCAGACGAGGCCUGAAACUGACCAUGAGGUUGCCUUCUUGCUCCGACACUUUUCUGAAUCUCCUGGACAGUGGAUGGAUCUCUUUGAUCUAGGCUCAUAUUUCGCUUCCUACGUGCCUGUCAAAGCUGUUACUAACCCUCUUCUUAAGUACGCUGCCUGUGCAUACGCUGCAAAACAACUUGGCCGGGUGAAGGGAGCGAAGGGCAAUGUUGGUGGCGUUUGUAGCCGAUUGGCAAGCAUGGAAGUAUGGCCAGAGGCCGAUAGAGUGGAUUGGUAUUUCCACGGAGCUAAAUAUUACGACAAGGCCAUUCAACUUCUCAUGGAAGCUCUCCAGCAUGAUGGUCAAACCUCGCCUACCAGCAUGGUAGAAGGGUUAGAACAAUGGCAGGCCACAGAACUAUGCAACGAUGCAGGCCAUCCUGUUAAAAGACGACGAACGUUUUCGAAUAAUCGAUUGUCUAGUGCGAAUUCCGAUGAGGUGCUAGCUGCAACUGCCAUUUUAUCCGUAUAUGAGUUCCUUGAUGCGACAGGCCAAGCGUGGGAUCGCCAUUUGAGUGGAGUGAAGUCAUUAUUAGAUAUUGCAGAUAUGAUGCCGUUUGAACGAGGUGUUUCUCCCGGUGGAACCCCAUUGCCUCCCCUGCGGAAACCGGGCUUCUCGAAAGCAAGGCGUGCAAUAUUCUGGAAUUUUGCCAGACAAGAUUAUUUAUCAGCUUUUAUCAACCGGUGCAAGUGCCGAUUGGACACGGAUGACCUCCUGCUGUGGACAGAAGCAGGCCUCCAUUUGGAAGAUAUGGGAUUCGUCCAACCAAGCAAUACGUCCGGUACAGGCUAUCCAGAGGGAGAUGAUGUGAUGGUGGAAGACAUGAUUUCCAACGCCAUGGUCUGGUUGUCGUCAAAAAUAGUGAACUACCUAGCCGCGGACGAUACUACGGCCCGUCGCACAGAGCACCCCUCGAUGGCUCAGUGGCAACGACUGCAAACCGAAGUGGAUGUAUGGUACGAUGGCCUCCCGGACACAUUCAAGCCGUGCGCACGAGUCGAAUAUCCUUUGCAGUCGCUGAAAACGAAUGACGAAUUGUACCCAUUUCAAGAAAUUUGGUAUAGUAUUGCCAUGUGUGCGUCGGCAAUGCAGCACUACCACAUGGCCCGAAUACUUUUACUGGUCAACAAACCGCCCCAAGCGUCCUCGCUGAAUGGUGCGGUCUCAAGUCGAGAAAUCCAACAUCAGUCCAUAGAUUCGGAGAUACGAUACCACUGUCAUGAGAUCUGUGGGAUAUCUCUGUCCAGGCCGGAUGCUUCAGUGCGGAUAAAUUCUGUUCAGCCACUAUUCCUGAGCGGCCAAUACCUGAGCGAUGACCGGGAACGGAUGAUUGUUUUACAAUUGCUCAGGGGGAUUGAAAAUGACCUGGGCUGGGCAACUGAAUACCGCGUGGAACAAUUGUUGGAGCAAUGGGGCUGGGGUCAUAAUAUCGUGACAUGA